AUAAUCGUGUCCAGCUUUCCCAGUUUCACAUCUUCUUAGCUACAGAGAACUGCGCAACAGCCAACAGUUCAUACGGGGAGGUACGAUUCUGCCUGGGCAAGACGUAGUCUUGGGUAACCCCAUACAGAGACAACUUUGUCAAGCCGACUUCUCUCCGAGUGCAGAGAAAUCGUCAAUUGCAGAAAGAAUGGGGGGAUCAGAAUCUAAGACCGAGGAAGUUGUAAGAUGGCACGACCGUUGGGACGAUGACGCCGAAGAACAAGGCAUUGCUGACGCUGUCAGAGAGUUUGAAGAACGACGGGGGAGCCAGAGAAUGAAGGAAGUAAAGGAGACUCUUUUUCGGAUACAGAAAGACCUGGAGGAGUAUCAAGUUGGGUCAAAACUUCGGCUUGGCAAGUUUUUCCCCGCAAAGAUUAAGGAGAUCGAAAGUAUCAACAUAGCCAUGGUUGGCCCAACAGGAAGUGGCAAGUCAAGUUUCAUCAACAUUGCUGAACAAGUGAUGAUGGGUGAGGCUACUGCCAUCACUCAGAGCACGGGUAAGGAGGGUACCAUCCACCUGGAAGAGUUCCUCACCAAGUUCAACUUCCGGCUGAUCGACACCAGAGGAUACUUUGAUUUGGACGAAGGGUGGUCUCAAGAGUUGAAGAAUAUCUUAACAGGAAAGAUCCGACCAGGCCAGACGAUUGUGCGUGAGGUAGAUGACGCGGCUCUUGCCCCGGAACAGCACCUGCGGAGUGAUGAGGCGCCCUUCGGCGAGCAGAUCCACGGCGUCAUCUGUGUGAUGGUGGACAAGGACCCCAGACUGGAGCAGUACAAGACCAGGAUGAGAUCCAUCAAGGAGUACCUACGGGAAGAAGGUUUCAGCCCAGUUGCUGCCCUGGCCUUUGAAGAUGAAGAAGACUUCAAGGACGAGGAUAGAAGACGUGGCAUCAUGGAAGACCUGUCUGCUGCCGUUGGCGCCCCAAUAGACAAGACAUUCCCUUUCAUAAACCACCUGGCAUCGGGAAGUAAAGUAAAGAAAGAUCCAGAAUCGGUGUUGAAUGUGCUGGACAUUCUGGACACCGCAGUGACAGCGGCUGAGAAGUUCAUCAAGGUUCGGCUGCAGCGUGAGAAGUACGCGGGAGAACGUCAAGCAAAAGAACGUGGCCCUGAGUCCCAGUCGGUAAGUGACUUCAUCCAGGACAUCGGGAAGGCCCACAACUGGGACAAAGGUCGCGUCGACUCGCUGGUCAAGCGCCUGCAUGACGAGGACAUCUAUGACGUCAGCGACCUUCGGGACAGCUGGGAUAGCGUCAGCGAAACGCUGACCAUGGGGAUGCGGUCUGUCCUGAAGCAGGCCUUGUCUGUGUAGUCAUUUCAGUGUUCAGGAAGUCUUCGUGUGGCAUUUUGUGUAACCACCUCGUAUUGUGCAGAGUGAUAUUGUGGCAUUUUGUGUAACCAUCUCGUAUUGUGCAGAGUGAUAUUGUGGCAUUUUGUGUGUAACCAUCUCGUAUUGUGCAGAGUGAUAUUGUGGCAUUUUGUGUAACCAUCUCGUAUUGUGCAGAGUGAUGCGAAUGUUGUAAUCACAAAUGUGUGCAGGAUAUGUAGACAUCAAUUGUAGUCAUCUUUACAAAUAUCUAAUUGACCGUUUUAAUCUCGAAUGACGUAUACAUGCAUUUUGUUCUAAGAUCCAGCUUU